GUCGUUUGGUGAUCUUUCUUAAAAAAAAGUAGUAAUUGGAGUUUAAACAAAAUCCCUCAUUUCAAAAUAUGCCCAAGACUGAGAAAGACUUGUGAUACUCUAAUGGAACCCUGCCGAUAUUCCUCUGCUUCCUUGCAUUUGCAAAACAAGUAAACAAGGCACUCUCCCUCUGACCGCUCUCCACAAUUUCCAUUGGGAAACAUGUCGAGAUUUGAUUACCCAACACUCCCCCGACAAGACAUCAUCGCUGUAUUAGCCGAAUUUCAAAUAGCCUCUGUCAACGACGAAGAUCUCCUCAAACCCACUGCUGACUUUGUCACCAACCUCUACUCCAGCAUUCUUCUCCAUAUCAACACUCUCCAGGAUGAUCAUGACCAGGUGGAUUUUUCGGCUCUGGAGCAUCUUGAGAACCCGGAUCUUCAUGUUGACUCUUUUCGGGUCAUGAAUUUGUUUCAUAAGAUAAGGGAGAUGUUGUCUGCUUUGGAUUGUCCUGAGAUAUUUACUCUCAGGGAUUUGAUCAAGCCUGAGCCUGAUCGCACCAGGUUUUUUGUCGGAGCCAUCCUCAAUUUUUGUCUUCACAGGGACACUAAAUUAAAUGCUAUAAGACCGAUUGUGGAUGAUUUGACUCUCAUUGAUGAUCAACGGCUAGCUUUGGAGGAUAGAAUAUCUCAGUUAAAUGAAGAGAUUGAAGAACAAAAUGAAUCAAAAGAAAGGGAGAUGCCUCUGGUUCAAGAAAUAGAUUCUAGUGUUAAGGAACUGAGGCAAACAAUUUCUGGUCUUAACAAUCACCAAAUGUCCUUGAAGGCCUCAAUAAAAAAACUUAAGGAGAGGGCUAAAGAGAUGGAUGAGAAGAUUUCUAAUGCAGACUUUGCAUUGGUACAAGCUGUUCAGGACAAUGCCAAUUUACGUUCUAAGAUUGUCCAAUCACCGGAUAAGCUUCAGAGAGCACUGGAGGAAAAGAAAUCAUUUCAAGCUGAGACAAGGAAUGCUGAAAGAGCAGCAAUGCAGUCUUUUCAAAAUAAAACUGCAAUUCUUGAGGUUUAUACGAAGGCUCACAAGAAAAUGUCCAAGAACUUCAAUCAGAUGCAGGCUAUACAGGAACAGGUUAAUUCAACUAAAUCUAUUGAGAAAGAUGUUAAGGUUCUCAAACUAAAGCUGAGUGACGAGGAAGUACUGGAAAAAACCCUUGACGCUAAACUAGUUGAAAGGCAAGGAAAAGUGGACCAAUUGGAAGAAUUAAAGAAGCAAUUAGAGAAAGAAAGAGAUCUUAGUUAUGAGGAGGCUGCCAAAGAAUUGAAAAAUGUAAAGACGGAAGUGGAAUCAAAGAGGCAUGGUCUUGAAGCAAGGCAAAAUGACUUGGAAGGUGUGCUUGUAGAGGCAGAUGCAAUAACUGAAAAAAUUAACUCAGUAAAGGAAUCUGGAGCAUCUAAAUGCCAAGAAUUGGGCCGUCAGUGUGAAGAAGUCGUAGCAGAGUUUUAUCGCCACUCAAACUCAAUCAGAGACUUGCUACCGCACAUUGAAGUGGACCAGGCAAUUGUUGAUAAAAGGAGCUGAUCUUUAUAUGUAUCAUUAUCGUGAAGUAGAUAGGAAGAUAUGGAGGUCGCGGAUUAGGGUAGAAGGUUAGAAGGUAGUUUGAGUGUUGUCUUGCUCUCCUGCAGGAUAGGCUUGGUGUGUAGUUAGUUUGAGCGCUAUUCUUGUAGUUUCUUGUCCUUCGAUUACUGUUUCUACCCGUGGUUUCUUGUGCUUCGGUUAGCACAUUAUUUUGCUAUGAAUGUUAAUGUUACACUCUUUGUAUUAAUUGUUGUGCCUAUUUGCUUA